CCCCGCCUUCUUGUGUGAUGCCCUUCCCUCUAUAUUUCAGAUUUUCUCUCCCCCCCCCCCCUUGCUAGACCCGGAAAGCCCCGAGGGUGGGAGAUCCGGGGAGAAUGUCUUCACCCUGCCAUAGCCCGCUACGUCCAUCCGUCCGUCUGUCCACUCCCACCCGCUUCACUGUCUUCAAUCCCCCCCACACUCUAGAGGGCGGGUGGGCAGGCGGGAGCCGCACCGACCUCUGCCUCGAGGCUCCGGACUCGGCCCCCGCCCUCUUCUGACUCCCCGGAUCUCCCUCUCCCGCCCGCCCUCGGGAUCGACUAGAUCCCUCCCCCUCCCCGAGGAUUCCGGCUGGAUCCCUGCCCCUGCACCGCGGAUUCUGCGCUCCGGGCCCCGGGCCCCUGGGGAUUGCUGUGGACUCCUCCUCCAGCGCUCGAUCCCUUAGGAUCUUCCGCCUGUACCGCCUCCUGGUCCCUCGAAGCCGGCCCAGAGAGCCAGUGGAUCUUCAAUCUAGCCCUGUCCCGUUGCUCCCUCCUGGCUCAACCUUCCCCACUGCGGGGUUCCCUGUUCUUGAGCUCUCUCUGACCCUAUACCCUAGCUUUCCUUUUCCUGGGGAUCGACUGGAUCCCGGCCCCGCCCCCCGGGGCUGGGGCGAUCCCCCUCCCCCGCCGGGUGAGGCGCUGCAGGCGGGGGCUGGGCCUGCGGGGCCGCGGGGGCUCAGAGGCCGCCGCCCCCCUUCUGAAGCCCGUCAGCCCCCGACUCGGAGCCCUGGAUGGAGGCACCACGGCCCCAGGGCUGAUCCAGGUAGGAGCUAAGCCAGGCUGGGUGGAGGGGGCUGCGCGGUGGUCCGUUGGGGUCUUCCUCCUCCCAUAUUCCUCCCUGCGCCUGGUUUCCCCCAGCCUGCUCUGUCUGCGUGUCUCCGCCUAGGGAUGCUCUCGCCGUGUCUCUGCGUCUUGGUCUCUUUGUCUCUGCCUCUCUCCAGUCCAUGAAUGAUCCUUUGAAUGGGCCCACAGACCCCGUGUGUUCCCAUCUCCCCCUCCCCCUCCUUCUCCCCUUCCCGGCCAAGCCAUUUUCCCCACUGCAGGAAGGGGGGGGGGGCUGCGGCCUGAGCCCCCGUCCCUCAACUCUCCUCGGUUGGGGGAGUCAGGCCUGGGCUGGAAUGGAAGAGCAAAGCAGAGGGAUCCGGAGGAGGGGGAGCAAGAUGUAGCAGAGAUGGAGAGAGAAAAUGGGGGAGAGAGAAAUAGAGAAAGGAGAGAGAGAGAGAGAGAGAGAGAGAGAGAGCGAGCACUUGAGGGAGAAAAUCAGAGAAGGUAUUUGGAGGAGAGAGCGAUGAGAAACACCAAGGAGACAGAAAUGAGAAAAGACCGAGAGGUGAGAGACUGAAGGCAAGAGCUGGAGCAAGCCGGUUAAGCCUAGAAAAGAUGCUCUUAGGGACCCUGUGCAGAGGAGAAAGAUGGUGGGAGGGCUCUAGUGGGAGGGAAGAGAGAAAAGCUUGUUGGAGGAGAGGAGGCAAGGGGCCCAAAGUACCUUAAGGUGACUGAGGCAGGCCAUGUUGGGAAGAGGGAGGAGGGACAGCAAGGCCCAGCCUGGCAUAGGAAGAGAAGAUGGGGUGGGGGGAGUCCACUCCAAACCCCCUUCAGGUGAUGGGAGAACAGAAGCCUAAAAGGGCCUGAAAAGGGGGAGGGCAUGACUGGGUGUGAGUGGUGAGGACUCCUGUGUCCCCAUCUCUAGAAUAAAUUGACACCUGCAGAGAGCCACCCGCGGGCUGGCGCCUGGCUCUGAAAAACCCGGCGUCAGCAAACAGCCCUGGAGACUGGGGGGGGGGGUGCUAAAAGGGGGGGCUUGCUGAAAUCACCUGGGUGUCUGCCCCUUCUACCUCUUCAGUGGUCCUGCCCCUGCUGCCUUGAUCAUCCAGGCUGGCAAGGGGAAGGGGAGGGAGGGCUAAUGGAAGGGAUGAGAAGAAACCUGAGGUCAAGAUGCAGAGCAGAGCAACCCCAGAUGGGGUCUAAGGCUGUAGAGAUGAUGUGAGGGGUAAGCCAGUAGGCUUAUCUGAGAAGCCCACCUCAGCACAGCUCCUGUCCCCUCACCUGCCAGAGACCUGGACAGUAGGGUUAGGCUCUGAUUGGCUAAGUGGGAUGGGGGGGGGCAUCUCUUUUAGGAUUCUCUGUUCUAGACUACCCUUCCCCUAAUAUAUACUUCCUCUCUGCUAAGAUUAGCUGGAUUAGCAUUGUGGCUCAUGCCUCUGCCCUCCCUCUCAUGGCCUGAAUGGACCCUUCAACCAAGCAAGCCCCUUCCCCUCUUCCUCUAGACCACCCCCCUCCAGGGUUAAAGCUGCAGCCCGUUGCCGAGGUAACAUUGCGGGGCAGCAUCCUGUCGCCCAGCAACCGGCUGCAGGAUCAUGCAUCUGUCCCUGGAUUUGCCCCUUCAGCAUCCCCUCCUCACUUUAACCCCGGCUUUGGGCACCCCAACUUUUAAGGGAAGACAUGGAAGGGCCUGAGGAGAAAGGGCUUUCCAAGUGCACAGGUCUUUAGGGAAUGAUGGGGACAGAAAGCACUGGGGUUUGUAGUUCUAGAAGGCCCAGCGUCUGGCCUGGGGUGGGGGUUCAGCGCCAUGAAAUUACAGCUCAGGAGUAAUUAACACGUAUAAACAAACCCGCCACUUCCUGCUAAUUAAUGACUUGGUAUUUUUAUUUUCUCUUCCUUGUCUGUCUCAUUGUCUCCCAGGGAAGUGGGGACUGGGACGCCUGAGUCCCUAGGGGGAGCCUGCCUGGGAGGGAUAGAGGCAGGAAAGAGGCACUCUGAAUCUGGGAAGCUGAAGCUCCCUCCUCGGACCCUGCCCUGAACAUUUAUUUACCAUAUCUGACUCCACCCCAAACUUGGGUCUCUGCGGAGGGGAAGAGGACAGUUGGGGGAAGGGGGUCGGGCCUGCCUGUACCUUCUUCUACCUUCUUCCCCUUCCCCACCCCUUACCCCCUCCAUGGAGAGAAAUAGACUCCUCUUCUGUCCCUUCUAACCCAGGUCCCUACCCGUCCCCCUCCUCCUUCCUUUCCCCGCCCCCUCCUCCCUCCUGGGGCGAGGGGGGCCUCCCUCCCUCUCCCCCCCUUCUCUCUCUCUCCGAGGGGGGGGAUCAGGGGAGGGAGGGGGGGUCCCCCAAUCAGCAUGUGGCUCCUGGCGUUGUGUCUGGUGGGGCUGGCUGGGGCUCAACGGGGAGGAGGGGGUCCCGGCGGCGGCGCCCCAGGCGGCCCAGGCCUGGGCCUCGGCAGCCUCGGGGAGGAGCGCUUCCCGGUGGUGAACACAGCCUACGGGCGAGUGCGCGGUGUGCGGCGCGAGCUCAACAACGAGAUCCUGGGUCCGGUCGUGCAGUUCUUGGGCGUGCCCUACGCCACGCCGCCCUUGGGCGCCCGCCGCUUCCAGCCGCCUGAGGCACCGGCCUCGUGGCCCGGCGUGCGCAACGCCACCACCCUGCCGCCCGCCUGCCCGCAGAACCUGCACGGGGCCCUGCCGGCCAUCAUGCUGCCUGUGUGGUUCACCGACAACUUGGAGGCGGCUGCCACCUACGUGCAGAACCAGAGCGAGGACUGCCUGUACCUCAACCUCUACGUGCCCACUGAGGACGGUCCGCUCACAAAAAAACGUGACGAGGCGACGCUCAAUCCGCCAGACACAGAUAUCCGGGAUUCUGGGAAGAAACCAGUGAUGCUGUUUCUACAUGGCGGCUCCUACAUGGAGGGCACUGGGAACAUGUUCGACGGCUCAGUCCUGGCUGCCUAUGGCAAUGUCAUCGUAGCCACGCUCAACUACCGUCUUGGGGUGCUCGGUUUUCUCAGCACUGGUGACCAGGCUGCAAAAGGCAACUAUGGGCUCCUGGACCAGAUCCAGGCCCUGCGCUGGCUCAGUGAAAACAUUGCCCACUUUGGAGGUGACCCUGAGCGCAUCACCAUCUUUGGGUCUGGUGCGGGGGCCUCCUGUGUCAACCUGCUGAUCCUCUCCCACCAUUCAGAAGGACUGUUCCAGAAGGCCAUUGCUCAGAGUGGCACCGCCAUUUCCAGCUGGUCUGUCAACUAUCAGCCGCUCAAGUACACGCGGCUGCUGGCAGCUAAAGUGGGCUGUGACCGGGAGGACAGCACCGAGGCUGUGGAGUGUCUACGCCGGAAGUCUUCCCGAGAGCUAGUGGACCAGGAUGUACAGCCUGCCCGCUACCACAUUGCCUUUGGGCCUGUGGUGGACGGCGACGUAGUCCCUGAUGACCCCGAGAUCCUCAUGCAACAGGGAGAAUUCCUCAACUAUGACAUGCUCAUCGGUGUCAACCAGGGAGAGGGCCUCAAGUUCGUGGAGGACUCUGCAGAGAGUGAGGAUGGCGUGUCUGCCAGCGCCUUUGACUUCACCGUCUCCAACUUUGUGGACAACUUGUACGGGUACCCAGAGGGCAAGGACGUGCUUCGAGAGACCAUUAAGUUCAUGUAUACGGACUGGGCUGACCGGGACAAUGGCGAGAUGCGGCGGAAGACCCUGCUGGCACUCUUUACUGACCAUCAGUGGGUAGCCCCAGCUGUGGCCACUGCCAAGCUGCAUGCCGACUACCAAUCCCCUGUCUACUUUUACACCUUUUACCACCACUGCCAGGCUGAAGGCCGGCCAGAGUGGGCUGAUGCCGCGCACGGGGAUGAGCUCCCCUACGUCUUUGGUGUGCCCAUGGUGGGCGCCACUGAUCUUUUCCCCUGCAACUUCUCCAAGAAUGACGUCAUGCUCAGCGCAGUGGUCAUGACCUACUGGACCAACUUCGCCAAGACCGGUGACCCCAACCAGCCCGUGCCACAGGACACCAAGUUCAUCCACACCAAGCCCAACCGCUUUGAAGAGGUGGUGUGGAGCAAGUUCAACAGCAAGGAAAAGCAGUACCUGCACAUCGGCUUGAAACCACGCGUGCGCGACAACUACCGCGCCAACAAGGUGGCCUUCUGGCUGGAGCUCGUGCCUCACCUGCACAACCUUCACACGGAGCUUUUCACCACCACCACUCGCCUGCCUCCCUAUGCCACACGCUGGCCGCCUCGCACACCUGGCCCUGGCACUUCCGGCACACGCCGUCCUCCCCCACCUGCCACUCUGCCACCUGAGUCUGAUAUUGACCCGGGCCCACGGGCCUAUGACCGCUUCCCUGGUGACUCGAGGGACUAUUCCACGGAGUUGAGCGUCACUGUGGCCGUGGGAGCUUCCCUCCUCUUCCUCAACAUCCUUGCCUUUGCCGCCCUCUACUACAAGCGGGACCGGCGACAGGAGCUUCGGUGCAGGCGGCUUAGCCCACCGGGAGGCUCAGGCUCAGGUGUGCCUGGUGGGGGUCCCCUGCUUCCCUCUGCUGGCCGAGAGCUACCCCCAGAGGAGGAGCUGGUGUCACUGCAGCUGAAGCGGGGUGGUGGUGUUGGGGCGGACCCUGCUGAGGCCCUGCGCCCUGCCUGUCCACCCGACUAUACCCUGGCUUUGCGCCGGGCACCGGACGAUGUGCCUCUCUUGGCCCCUGGGGCCCUGACCCUGCUGCCCAGUGGCCUGGGGCCCCCACCCCCACCCCCACCUCCUUCCCUCCAUCCCUUUGGGCCCUUCCCACCACCUCCUACUGCUACCAGCCACAACAACACGCUACCCCAUCCCCACUCCACCACUCGGGUAUAGGGGGCGGCUUGGGGAGGGCUACCUCCCUAACCCUCCCCAGCCCAGGCCACUUGAAGGCAGGGAGGAGGACUUGGCACCGGGCUCUUCCCCUGUGGAUUUGUCAAACGUCAUGGAGCAGCGCUAAGGUGGACAUGGGAUUCCUCACGGCGAUGCGAGUUUUUCCCAUGCAGAGAAGCCCAUUCUCUUCUCUGGACCUGGGCCUUUGAACACCUGGGGCUAUUUUUGCCCUCCGAUGGGACACCAGUCUUCGGUGUGUGGAAAUGUGGAAGUCUUUUUUUUCCCAUGUGGAGGUGUGCUCUCCUCAUGAGGAGGUGUUUUCCCAUGUGCAGGGUGAGGGUUUUUGUUUUUGUUUUUGCCACCCUGGACACAUGUUGGCCCCCUUGAAGAAUUUCUGCGGGAAUUUGUA